AUGCCUACCCCCGAACUCGCUUUGCCUGACUCGGAUGAAGAAUCCCCUCGUCCAAAUCUAUUAAGCCCAUGGCGUCCUCCUCGCUCAUCCAUAUCCACUGGUCGCAGCUCGCCUUACGUACCUAGUCGAUCGAUGGCCUGGCGAGAUGAAGCCGUGAAUAACGCUGAGAAGUUGAAGCGUCGCUUUCUGAAGAUAUGGUCCAACUUGUCCCCCUUACAACGUAUACUAGGCGUCUCCGCCCUUGUCAUUCUCAAUGUCCUCCUCAUUCUGUUCCUCGUUUUCAAUGAAAAGAUCUUCGGCUGGCUCGAACCUUACGCUGAACGUUGGAAACAUACCACGGGGGGUUGGACAAUCUUAUGGGCUGUCACCUUCACAACUGCAUUUCCACCAAUGAUUGGCUAUUCGACCUGUGCGACCAUCGCAGGCUUUGUCUAUGGAGUUUGGGAGGGCUGGCUCAUCCUGGCUACCGCAACAGUUGCCGGAUCCUUUUGCUCAUUCGUCCUCUCUCGAACCGUCCUGCGGAAAUGGGUCGAACGCUUGAUCGCAGGCGAUAAACGUUUUGCCGCCUUCACCCUCAUUCUCAAGCACGAUGGCAUCAAAUUGCUGUGCAUGAUUAGGUUGUGUCCCCUCCCAUAUUCCCUCAGUAACGGCGCCAUGUCCACCUUCCCUACCGUUUCACCUGCCAACUACGCAAUAGCGACUGCCAUCGUUACCCCCAAACUCUUUAUCCCUGCCUUUAUUGGCAGCCGCCUCGCCGUUAUCGCACGUACUAGUGAGAAGAUGACUCUGCAAGAUCGGGUAGUCAACUACUCGAGCAUUGGCAUCGGAGCCAUCGUUGGAGCAUUUACCGGGUGGUACAUCUACCAAAAGACGAUGGCCCGUGCGAAAGAACUCGAAGCGGAGGAAGUGGGCAACAAUCAAGAUCCCGCUCGUCGAUCGAGUCACACCCGCCGAUUCAGCGACGAUCCAGAAGCCCAAGCUGCCGCAGAGACCAUUGCCCGUGACGAAGACGAUGCACCCGACUAUUUCGACGUCUCUCCCGGGUUGGAGAGGCCCGAGCCACGCUAUCACGACGAACCCACUGAUGACGAAGAUGUAUUUGGAGCAGGAGAUGACGAUGACGGACAAGUCACCGCCAACAUCGGUCUGCAUGAACAAAAGAAAAGUAGUAUAUAA